AUGUCUGAUCCAGGAGAAGGGAAAUGGUCAUGUGAUUAUUGUACCUAUGAUAAUUUCCCAGCAGCCAAAAGAUGUACAUUGUGUCGUGGAUUACGGCCUCAACAGCUCAUCACUGAAAGUGUAGAUCAAGAGCAAGAUAUCUAUAAGAUGGCUUCCUUGAUGACACGUAGUGCUGAGUCACCAUCCAAUGUCAUCUGUAGUGGCAGUAGUGGUUCUGAUAGCAAUAAAUGGGCAUGUCACAUGUGUACAUAUCUCAACUGGCCUAAGGCUUUAAAAUGUCUUCAGUGUCUAACACCCAGACGUAAAUCUUCACCAACCAGUUCAGCUAGCAGUAAAAUGGAACCUCUCAGUGUCAAUGUCAAUAAUGAAGAAAGCCGUUCUGGUCGCAGCACUCCUAACAGAACAGCAGUAGCAUCACAUACAAGAACUGGUACAAAAUGGACAUGUCGAGCAUGUACUUAUGAUAACUAUCCUAAAAAUACUAAAUGCAUUAUAUGUGGUACAAGUCGUCAAAAAAUUCAGUCAGAUACCAGUCUUGCUAUAGGGGGGUGUUUUAGUAGUGAUAAUGACAGAGAUAUUAUAAAUCGUAGAGGUCGAACCUCUCCAUGUACAUCUUAUAGUGCAGACAAUAUGGCUUCCUUAUCAGGUGGUGCUUACGCAACACCAUUAAUCUCUGAGGAACGAAAUCGUAGUGAAGAAAAACGUGUUAGAUUGUUACGGAAACGAAUGAAAGACAAAGAUUGGCUGUGGUUAGGAGCCUGUUCAGGGAUUGUUGACGGUGAUUCUAAUGCUAUAGAAGCUUAUAUUCAGUCAGGUGGUGAUCCUGCUCGCCAACUAACACAGGACGAAGUGUCUUUAUUAAAUAAACCAGGAAUGUUUGAAGUAGGGUAUACAUUAGUUCAUCUAGCAAUACAAUAUAAACGUGAGGAUUUGUUAGCAGUAUUAUUAACAGCCACAGAUGUAGCUUCUAAAGCUAUCAAACGUCUGCCAGCUCAUUCUAGUCCAGAUACAGCCUCAGAUAUCAGGAGAGAAAUUGCCUCGUCUCUAAGACAACGCAAGGGUGAUUUCCCCUGUUUCUUCUAUUCAGACUGUGUUACUUUUGCUCUUCCAGCAGAUAUUGUUGAUUUACCAACUCCUGUACAAAGUCAGUUAUUUGAUGAACUUUUAGAUAGAGAUGUGCAACAUGAAUUAGAAUCUGAAGAAUCUAUCAUCAACUGGAGUAAAGAGUUAACUAAUUGUUUAGGUAGUAGAUUAUAUGCCUUAUGGAAUCGAACUGCUGGUGAUUGUUUAUUAGAUUCUGUAUUACAAACAACUUGGGGUGUGUUUGAUAUAGAUAACAGCCUACGUAGAGCCUUAUCAGAUAGUUUAAAUGAAGGAGCAAUGACAUUUUACCCAAGAUGGAAGGAGUAUGAAUCAUUACAAGCACAGUCCUUACAGUUUAGUUUAGAUGAAGGUCAAUGGCAGAGGGAUUGGGCAAUAUUACUCAGUUUAGCAAGUCAACCAGGUACAUCAUUAGAACAAACUCAUAUUUUUGCAUUAGCUCAUAUAUUUCGUCGUCCUAUUAUUGUUUAUGGUGUUAAAUAUGUUAAAAGUUUUCGAGGAGAAACUAUAGGCUUGGCUAAAUUUCAGGGAGUUUAUUUACCAUUACUGUGGGAGAGAAGUUUCUGUUGGAAGACACCGAUCUCAUUAGGUUAUACUCGUGGUCAUUUCUCAGCUCUGGUUGCCAUGGAGAUGGAUACAGAUGAUAAUAUAGGAGCAGGAGCUAAUACUGAUAAUACCGAUGAUAGUCAAAUAGCUUAUCUCCCCCUUGUUGAUAGUGAUGGUAAAUUAUUAUCAGUGCAUUUUCUCUCAGGGUCAGAUGUUGGUCGUGAAGAAACUAUUUUACGUGAAUGGUUAGAUUGUGUUGUAACUAAAGGUGGUAUUUUGGCAGCUGUACAGAAAUUAGAUAAACGUCCAUUAUUAGUGAAACAAAUGUUGGAUGAAUGGCUAGAUCAUUAUAGGCAAUUAGCACACGUCAUGACAUCAUCACGAUCUAGCCCCUUAUCACAGGGACGUUUUUCUAGUGAUGGUGAAAGCGAUCAAGAAUAAUCAAAAUAAUUAUCAAAAGUUAUCAAAAAUUUUGUUAUUUGUUAUUAAUUUAUUUGAACAUUUUGUUUUAUUUUGUCAGAAAAUAUUAGUUCUAAUUAAUUUUGGACUUUUAGAAUCUUUAUAUUUUUGUUUUCUUCGCUGCUUUAUCACAAAUAAACCACCUUUUCUUAACUAGAAAAACAUUAAGUACUCUGUUCAGCACAAUUUAAAUACAGAAAAAAUGCUUCUUGAUCACAACCAAAGAAAUGGAAUAACUUUAAUGAUCUUAUUGAAAACAGUAUUUUGAACAAUUUUCAAAAAAAAAGGUAUGUAUAAGAAAGCACAUUUUAUAAGAAACUAAAAAAAUUCAUAUAAACUUAUACAAAAGAUAUAAUAUUUUUUAGUCUUAAAUAUUCUUCAAAAAUGAAAAACCUUUUUAAGUAGUUAUAUUUAUUAUAAUGAUAAAUGCAGAGGUUUUUGUGAUCUAGAUUAUUGAUACACAAUAUGUGCAUUUAGGUAUAAAUUUUGUUUAAAUCUCUUCUUACAUUUCUGUAUGAUUUUCUCUACUUUAGCAUUUACAUUUUUAGAAACAGAGGAGCUUACUUUAUGUUUUUCAUUUAUUAUUUUUUUAUAUUUUUUUCCAAUUCAUACCAAAAAUCUAUCUUUUGCAAUUUAAAUUCCAUAGAUUUUUUUUGUACCUUUUAUAUGAUCAAUCAUGACAGAAGAAAAUUAACAUCAAUUUAUUGUCAUACUGAACUUUCAAUUCCCUAGCAUAGAUUUCAUCUUUAUAUUUUGAUAUUCCUAUUCUAGCUAGAGUUUUUUAAGAUGAGUAUUUCCCAUUAUAAUAUGUUGAGUGAAUGGUGAAUGACUGAACUUUUCUCAUUUUCAACCUGUUUUUUUUUUUUGCCCACUUAUUCUACCUAGU